CAUCCUCUCCCUGUUAUGUUUUCUUCUGCUACGUCCACUGAAUCAUUUUGCUAUGCUCCAUCUUCAUAUGUUUGUCCGUUGCUUGUGGGAGUUAGCAAGCUAAGCUUCUUUAAUUGAACACCUUUCUCAGUGACCUGACUGACCCAUUUCGUUUCUUGAUCCCAAUUAAAGUUCCUAACUUGUUUUGUUGUGCAAUUAAUUGCUUUGAUUACUUCCAACUGCCAAGAUUAAUAAUUAUAAUAGCCUCUGCCAGAACAAGAAGAAGAAGAAGAAGAAGAGAAGCUGCUGUUCAAUUUUUAUUCGUUUCUUCUACAGUUUGGUUUCUGCAACAGCAACAGCAACAGCAAUGCCUCAGAGGUAUUUCCCUUUGAGAUGGGAAAGCACAGGAGGAGAUCAAUGGUGGUUUGCUUCUCCCAUCGAUUGGGCGGCUGCUAACGGCUACUACGAUUUGGUUAGGGAGCUUCUGCAAGCCGACGCCAACCUCCUCAUCAAACUGACCUCUCUCCCAAGAAUCCGAUGGCUGGAAACUGUGUGGGACUCGAAUGACGAUGAUAUCGCCAGAUGCCGAUCCCAAGUGGCACAAAAACUAGUCGAGGACAAAGGCUACAAGUGGUUGAUCGAGGGUGGCUAUGGAGGUUGGCUUCUGUACACUGCAGCCUCGGCUGGAGAUUUGAUAUUUGUGAAGCAAGUGGUGGAUAGAGAGCCUCUGUUGGUGUUUGGAGAAGGGGAGUAUGGCGUGUGUGAUAUAUUUUACGCUGCCAUGAGGAGCAGAAGUAGCCUUGUCAUCAGGCUGCUGCUGGAUCGCGCCAUGUCGCAGCUUCCGGAUGACGAUGAUGGAGGAAGGAGGGAUUUCAAGUGGGAUUUGAUGAAUAGAGCUGUUCAUGCUGCGGCUCGAGUCGGAAAUGUGGAUAUGCUGAGGGAAGCACAUGUGCAAGGUUUGGGUUACUAUAAGGAUGGGCAGGGUUCCACACUGCUGCACACUGCCUCAGCCACCGGGCAGGCCAAGGUUGUUAAAUAUUUGAUAUCAUCUUGCAAUGACAUGAUCUGCGGGGUGGACGACGGAGGCAACACGGCCCUCCACAUGGCUGCAUUCCACGGCCAUCUCGCCGUCAUGAAGCUUCUUGCAUUCGCCUCUCCUUCCUCCGCCUUAAUGACAAACCAUAACGGAGACACUCUUCUGCACAUGGCUAUGGCUGCUUUCGCAACUCCCACUUUCAAAAGACUCGAUAAACAGAUGGAGCUUAUCAAACACCUGCUUGUCGGGAACAUCAUCAAUAUCAUAGAUGUAGCCAAGAUUAUCAAUGCUGCAAACCACCAAGGCAGAACUGCGCUUCACAUGGCCGUCGUUGCAAUGCCAAACAUCCAUCCUGACAUAGUCGAGCUGCUUUUGUCAGCUGCCGUAAACAUCAAUUUAAAUCUACCUGAUGCUGAGGGGAACACACCAUUAGAUCUGCUGAAGCAAAGACCGCGAUCAACCUCCGGCCAGAUAUUAAUUAAGCGGCUUAUUUCAGUUGGCAUGUCGUCAAACUCAAACUCUAACUGUUGUCAGGAUUCAACAGCGAAGAAUGUUGUCGUUCCAACAGGUCUGAGUCCAGGAACUUCUUUCAGGAUCGCUGACGCCGAACUAAUAUUGCACGCUAGACUACAAGAACAAAAUAGGAGGCGUAUGGUUGCCAGUGGUGAAUUUUCAAUCACAGAGCACGCAUUAGGUGAAAUAGAAUCAAUGGAAUCUAAACAGAAAGGGAUGAAUCCACUGAGCAGUGUCGCCAGGCGUCUCAAGAUUCUGCUUGGUCUGCCUAGGCCUGGGAAUACUGCAGAUUCACAAGAUGACAACUACGGUAGUAUGAAGUCAAAUAGAAUGUUCUCGGCAGCUGCCUCGUCCAGAAAUAGCCCAAUUUCGUUGAGGCAGCAAUUUUCAUCAUCAAGACCUUCCUGCUCCCCUUCCCCUACCAGUAGUAGCACCAACCAGGGAAUACUAAUGCUGUCUUUACAGGGCAAGGGAAAUCUGGAAAGUCCAUGUAGUUUAACAGCAGGGCAAGUGGUUCUAAAAUCAAAGCUGGGACUGGGAAUGGGAUCUUCCCCAUUGAGUAUUUAUUCUGAGCCUGAGCCUUGUUGCUUGUCAUUGUCAUCUCCCAUGACCAUGACAGCUGCUACUGAUAUUUGUUGUAGCUCAAACCAGUCUCCAAACCCACAAGUAAAACGUAGACGCAGCCGCAAGCAGUACUGUUCCUUGAAUCUCAAGUACAUGAUGAAUAAACUGUUUUAAUUACUGCCCUGCUUGGCUGUCCACUGUGUUGAGUAUGCUAAAAUAUAUUUAGAAGCAAUAUAUUAUAUUUACGGUAGUUGUCUUAUUUAAGAGAUUCGUAGGAUUCUUGUGACGAUUUGUAUUCUUAUGAUU